AUGACUGUCGAUGCCAUAUCUAAGCCAGCCGAGUUAUGGCGGCACCCAAAUCCUACCUCAACCGAAAUGUACAAGUUUCUAGAACACGUAAGGGGUAAAUAUAACGUCGAAAUCAAAGACUAUCCCACCUUACAUAAAUGGUCCGUCGAGAAUAUCUCGGAGUUCUGGGAGGAAGUAUGGCACUUCUGUGGCAUAAAGGCAUCUAGGCCUUACUCAUGUGUUUUACCGGACAAUGCAUACAUGUUCCCCAGGCCGGAUUUCUUCUCCGGUGCACUGUUAAACUUCGCAGAGAACCUCCUGUACCCUGAGAAGGCGGAUAUUGAUGAGUCCUCUACUGCAGUCAUCACGGUUACUGAAGUCGAAGAACAGCUCGUGUCGACGACAUGGGCUGAAUUACGAGAAGCAGUACGGCAGUGCUCUAAUUCGUUGAGGGCUGCUGGCUUGAAACCCAAGGAUGUUGUCGCUGGAUUCGUGUCGAACCACCAUCAGGCUCUCGUAGCGAUGCUAUCUACAGCCUCCAUCGGAGCCGUGUGGACGGGAAUAAGCCCGGAUAACGGAGUAAGUGCCGUCCUGGAUAGGUUAGUCCAGCUUGAACCCAAGGUCUUGUUCGCGGAUAAUGGGUCAGUGUACAACGGCAAGCCGUGGUCUGGUACGGACAAGAUAUCACAAGUAGUCGACGAACUCACGUCCAGGGGUUUAGAACUUGUCAUCGUUAUAAAUAACGUCCAAGACUUCAGCCUAGAUUUGGAAGGGCUGGGCUCGAAGGGGGUAAUGGCCAGAGAAUAUGAAAGCUUUUUGAAGAGCGGCGGUGAUGAUCCCCUAAAAUUCGAACAACUCCCACCGUCACAUCCCCUCUAUGUCUUAUUUUCUAGUGGUACUACGGGUUUGCCAAAGGCCAUAGUCCACUCGGCAUUGGGCACGCUGAUUCAACAUAAGAAAGAGCUAUAUCUUCAUUCCUCGCUGAAUUCGGCUUCGAGGUUGCUCUACUAUACUACUACAUCUUGGAUGAUGUGGCAUUGGAGCAUAUCAGCUCUUUCGUGCGGCACGACCCUUAUUCUGUACUCCGGAUCGCCCUUCAAACCGCAUGGCUACCUCUCUCUACCCCAACUCCUCUCCUCUCUACGGGCAACUCAUUUUGGUACCUCCGCCGCAUACCUUACAGCGCUUGAGACCAACUCGGUUUAUCCAAUCCAAUCCCUCGACCUCUCUUCUCUACAAGCCAUCUACUCAACAGCCGCACCCUUACCGCCAUCAACUUUCUCUUUCGUAUAUAAGGCAUUUCCUGCCCACGUCAAUUUAGCAUCCAUUACCGGGGGCACUGACAUCAUUUCUUGCUUCGGUCUCCCGUGCCCGCUGCUUCCAGUCCACGUAGGCGAAAUUCAAUGCGCGGCGCUUGGCAUGGCCAUUGACGUAGUAGACUCUAUUAGCGGUGCCCCGAUGCCCGACGGAAACGGAGAGCUGGUAUGCACAAAGCCGUUUCCCUCUCAACCUCUGACAUUCUGGGGACCGGGUGGUGAUGCCAAGUACCGUGCUAGUUACUUUGAGCGCUUCGAUGGCAUAUGGCAUCAUGGUGACUUUCUACGGAUGAACGCCAAGACAGGCGGUAUUGUCAUGCUAGGGCGUAGCGAUGGCGUCCUCAAGCCUGGCGGUGUAAGAUUCGGUAGCGCCGAGAUCUACAACUUAUUGACAAAAUUCUUCGGGGCUGAGAUAGAGGAUGCGGUGUGUGUUGGUCGGAGGCGAGAGACGGACCGCGACGAAACUGUCUGCUUGUUCGUCGUCAUGGCCGAGGGGAAUAAGUUUACUCCUGACCUACAAGAGAAGAUCAGAGAUAUAAUUCGAAAGGAAUUGAGUCCACGGCAUAUUCCUGCUGUAAUCGAGGAAUGUAGAGCAGGAGUUCCAAAGACACUGAACGGGAAGAAAAUCGAGGUUGCAGUCAAACAAAUUCUUUCCGGAAUAGACAUCAAGACGAAUACCAGUGUAGCGAAUCCCGAAUCUUUGGUUUGGUUCAGAGAAUGGGCGGCGACACAUAAAUGA